AUGGAUGGAACUUGUGCAAUCUUAACUUCUUGCCACUUGGCAGCACAAGGCCUACCAUUGCUUCCAGGCGAAAUCGCCGUUUCCUGUAAGCCGAUAGGUGGUCUCAUUCCGGCGGUCUCCCUUCUUUCUGAAGUCGGUUUUCUACUUCCUCCCAACAGAAUGUCAGUACAUGUUGCUAGAGGACACGGUGGAGACGGUGGGGGUGAACCUCCAAGACAGCCGCAUACGAUCCCCAGAGCUUGUGAGUCAUCAAAACCAAAGAGAGAUUAUAAAAGAAUAGUCUAUCUCACCUUGCAUAAUUAUUUUGACAUAGAUUCUUUUCGUGACACGCCUCAUUGGAAUGGCAUUGUGCAAGGAAUUGACGCGGAUUUCAAAGCAAGUUACAGGUGUAUGGAAGUUCUCAUGGUGCUGAAUCCUAUGCCCAAAAGCGACAUAAGGAAAAAAAAGAAACCGGAAGGGAAAACCACAUUGAUGGAUGGAAAAAAAAGUCACUUUAAGGAAGGGAAAGGAUGGUGUCACCUCAGGCGCAACAGUAAAAGUGGGUAA